CCCGAUACUUUACGAUACCAUACCCUUACAACGCGAUACGAGCCCUGCAGCUGGUAGAAAAGGAGGCAGAUGGGGAGACACAUAAGAACGCUCUGCAGAAGGUCAGGAAUAAGACACAGAAAGUGCAGGAAGAGCUAGAAGACAUGCGCAAUGAAUUAGAGAAACAAAUGCAACAGAACAACAACAUGCAACGCAAGCAGAAAAGACGCCUGGCAAAGUUACAGCUGAAGCAGAAGCUGGAAAAGAACCUGGAAAAGAUGAGGGAGGACUAUCAACGUGAGCUGGAUGAGAAAGAUAACGAGCUAGAUGCUAUCAAGGGAAAAACCAUGCAGCGGCUCGUUGAAGCUACUGGAAGCCAACAGCUGUCUGGAGAGAAGACGAGCGCCAGCUGCUGGUUGAGAGACCAAACCACACGCCUGCAGUCCGAUCGUAGAAUCAGUCCACUCUUACAGCUGCAGCAGACUCCCAAACGCGACGUCGUGAAGGAGAAGAAACUGAAGAGAGAGCUUCACAAGACUCGCGCGCUGCUGAAGGAUGCUCAGUCCAUCAUCGAACACAAGCAAGAGAAGGAACCGAAGCGCGAUCAAGUGAAGCAGAUUAAAAAACAGUUGGAAGAAGCCGAGUUGGGAAAGUCUAUUGCGAUCAAGGCUAAGCAAACGCUGGAGGAGGAAGUGCAGGAGCUGCAGCAGCAGCUGGAGGAUAUUCAUAGAGAGAAGCGAAUAGCGUCUGCUAAGCGCCUGAAGGACACCAUAGAGCGGAUACAGGCGGAGAGACUGACGGAACUGAAGGCCCAGCAGCAGCAGGGUCAGAGGGAGCUAGAUGCGUUGCUGCGUCAGGUACAUGAGCUGCGGCAGAACAACAACGAGAUGCAACACAGAGAGGAGGAGGCCAUGCAGAAACAGGUGCGUCGCUCUGAUCUCGACGACGACGACAAGCAGGAUCUGGACAGCUUUCUGCAGAAGCAGCGAUCCAUGCUGCGCCAGAGAGACAGGACUUCUAGCAUCUCGAGCGUCACCAGCGGUGCCAGCGGCGUCAGCGGCGUCAGUGGUUACGGACGCGACUCGCUGUCCGGUUACCGCGAUCCUGCCGCUCUACGCGACCUCACCGGCGGCCGCGACAGCCACAGCGUCGGCGGUUCUCGCGAGAUUUCGGGACUGGGUCUGGGCGGCGGCGCGCGCGACCGCGCCGGCGGCAGCUUCCGCGACAGUGGCUCCUCCCUGAAGGACGGCCUGGGAAGCUUCCGGGAUGGAGGAGGCAGCUUUCGGGAUAGCGGGAGCAGUAUCCGGGAUAGCGGAGGCAGCCUCCGGGAUAGUGGAGGCAGUUUCCGAGAUGGAGGAGGCAGCUUCCGGGAUAGCGGGGGCAGCUUGCGUCGCCGGGAUUUUUCGAGCGAGGCGCCGUCCCGCCCCUCAGGUAGGUUUGGCAGGAGAGGCAGCCUCAGUAUCCUGGAUCACGAGGAAAGCUCGGACGCUCCGAGGGAGAGCUACACUCGGCCACGCCCGAGAGUAGCGCAGGGCAGAUCAGGCGAGCGUCCACGCACUUGGUUUGAGAUGAGCACGCAAGAUCCGGGCGACGGCGACGACGACGACGACGAUGACGAUAUCUAGCGCGCCUCUGUUGUUGUGUAGCGAGCGGAAGGUCGCGUCUUUGGUAACGGUAACAACGGUUAAUCAUGCCUGGUUAUUGUGUUACCUCGUUGAUGAACCGCACGUCGGCAUUCUAACAUGCACUGUAUGUGGAAUUUCUAACACUAACCCCCGCAACUACUAGUCAAUGUCGAAACUACAACAGGGAGGACAGUGGAGGUUAGUGUUAUAUGUCGCACAUGCAAUGUGUGUCAGAAUUCGGACAUACACUUAACCGGGUUCAUCCGCAUGCGAAACUGCAGCUCUGAAUAUGAUAGUCGAGCAUGUUUUUUUUCAGGAUUUCAGGUUGAAUCUCGAUGUGUUUUUAAGAAUUUGAAUUAAGGUCGCGAUUCAGAUGGUAGCAAUUUCCCGUCUUCGUGGUUGAUUUCUUUUGUUUAUACUUCUCCGUGUUUGUUUUGAAUUACCCGAUUAAUUACCCGAGUUGCGACGACAGCGAUAUCUGCCUUUAGUUCCAGUCUACUUUACUCUGCGCUUUUAUUUUCUGUUCUCAUGACCCGAUGUUGUCCGCAACUAAUGUCCAGAGCUAAUUUUCAAGACAUAUUGUUAUCUUAUAUCGCUAGAUCACAGUAGAAACAAACAGCUUUCUUUUUUUCGUAAAACGUUCCAAAAACGUAAAAUCCGUUUAACGGACAAAGAAAAAAAAAGAGAAAAUAGUUAGAAUGUAACUGUAUUUGACGCAUCCGACCACACGCAAACGCGGCCGAUUUUUUUAAACCGGAAAAUAAGAUUGCGUCAUUAUUUUAAGCAUGUGUGCCAGUCGCUGCUGUCAGAGUUCGCCUCACCCUGCUAAUAGCAAAGGUUCAUCCGCGUCCAAACUCUAACACACACUGUAUGUGUGAGUUCUGGGUCGCAUAGUUAGUGUUGUGAUUUUAGAACUAACCCCUUUCGUUUGGAAUUCUUACAUUUACCCUACUAGGCUGUGUAUAUACAUCAAUGUCAACGCGUCUUCGUUAAGAUGGAUAACAAUAACAAUACGACAAGCGUGUGAUUUUGCCUCUCUAAUGCGUUCUCUCUUACCCCUAAGCUGGAAAUUUUAUUAAACGACGAAAUUUCCACAUUUAUCUAACGGUAGUUAGUCUUAGGAAUCCAACAUACAGAAUGUGUUAGCAUUCGUUCAUGCUCCUGCCUUGUAAUAUCUCUAUACAUAUUGAUACUAUGUCUAAAGACGACUUGUAUGCUUCGUGAGCGUGUACGUGCCGCGUGCUAAACUUUGCUGGUGCUAUGUUAAGAUUGAGAUUUGUAAUUUAACUCAUUCGAGCAGGAUUAAUUACAUGAUUAAAUGCAAUCGACUCGUGUAUAAUCAGGAAUAACUUUAAUCGAGAUGCAAUAACUUAUUAUUUAUUAUUUAUUUCCGCGAUAUAUUUAGUCUAGUACAAUAAGGAUCGGUGCUAUAAAAUAACUGAUAAUUGAAUUUCAAAACUUGGAUUUUUUUGCGUAGAAACAGUGUGUCAUACAACAUGUUAAAAUAUAAACUGUAAAAUGAUCCUGA